CCUUUUCAGAAACUUCUCCGUUGCAUAGCCAUUGAGUUUUCUUCGUGCUGGAGAUUAAAAUAUGAAAAGUAAUUAAUAGCUGAACGAUUCCUUCGACACCUCCUUCUUUUACAUCCUCCUUCUCCUCCGUCUCCUUUUGUUUACCAGAAUACGCUCCGAAGAGAAGGCGUGGAGACCACGAUGCCUCGCCGGAAACUGCCUCUUUUAGCGGCGGAGAUGAUGGACUUCAAGCACCGAUCCUCGUCCGACGCCGGCAGAGGCAGUGGCCGGAAGAUAAGUAAGUACUCUGUUUUUGUCGUCAUCUCGACGGCGCUGCUCCUGUUCACGCUCAUGCAGAACGACGACGUGACGUUGGUCGCUCAGUAUCCUUCCAGCAACGUAGCUAAGUCGCCGAAGGAAUUCUCCACAAUUGAGACCAUAGAGCCGGAGAUUAAGGAAAAAGAAGAAGACAAACUAACCCACAAGUCCACAGUUCCCGUUGACGUUGUGGUCGACGUUCGGAUGGCCGAGUCUCCGUCGGCCCCGGAAAAGAAGGAUCACGCCGUGCUCGAGGUCGACUCUCAUAUUGUCGUCGCAAAAGAAGUACUUCAAGAAAAUCUGCAGCUGGAGAGGGAGGAGCAGCGGCGAACGAUUCUCGACGUGCCGGAAAGCUGUGACCUGUUUGACGGCGGGUGGGUGUACGACGACGUCAACUACCCGUUAUACAAGGAGUCGGAGUGUACGUUCUUGACGGAGCAAGUGACGUGUUUGAGGAACGGCCGGCGAGACGACAGCUUCCAGAAGUGGCGUUGGCAGCCCAACCACUGCGCUCUGCCAAGGUUCGAAGCAAGACUCUUCCUCGAGCGGUUGCGUGGGAAGCGUUUCAUGUUCGUCGGCGAUUCCCUGAACCGGAAUCAAUGGGAGUCGAUGGUCUGCUUGGUUCAAUCGAUCGCGCCGUGGAACAAGAAAUCUCUCACCAAGAAUGGAUCGCUCAACAUCUUCCGGCUCGAGGAUUACAAUGCGACGGUGGAGUUCUACUGGGCGCCGUUCCUGGUCGAGUCGAACUCCGACGAUCCCAAAAUCCACAGCAUCCAGAAACGGAUCAUCAUGCCCAAAUCGAUCGAUAAGCACGGCGAGCACUGGAAGAACGUGGAUUACCUCGUCUUCAACAGCUACAUCUGGUGGUUGAACAACCCCGCCAUGAAAGUCCUGCGAGGAUCCUUCAAGAAGGGAUCGAAGAAGUACGUUGAGGUUGACCGACCAGUGGCGUACCGGCGAGUGAUGAAUACGUGGGCGAAAUGGGUGCAGAACAACGUGAAUCCCAACCGAACCAUGGCGUUCUUCAUGAGCAUGUCUCCCAACCACAUCAAUAGCAUGGACUGGGAAAACCCCAAGGGGAUAAAGUGCGCGCUGGAGAUGGAGCCGGUGGUGGCGGCAAACCGGACACGGCCGCUGGAGGUGGGAACGGACUGGCGGCUGUACGUGGAGGCGGAGAACGUGAUCAGGAGGCUGAGGAAGAAGGUGCCAGUGAGGUUCGUGAAGAUAACGGCUAUGUCGGAGUACCGGAAGGAGGCACACACGUCGGUGCACACGUUGCGGCAGGGGAAGCUACUGACGGCGGAGCAGCAGGCGGACCCGGCCAACUUCGCCGACUGCAUCCACUGGUGCCUUCCCGGUCUGCCCGACACAUGGAAUGAACUCCUCUACGCCCUCAUCGCCUCUUCCCCUUCGCCACAUUCCUAGCUAACUUUUAUAUAUAUAUUUUUAAUUUUAGUUUUGUAAAUCUUAUUCGUGAUGAAUUACUGCUCAUUGCUGACUUAUGGACGGUAUUAUAACGAUCAAUUAAGAAUUUUUUUUUAA